AAUAAAAUUAGAAAACCUCGAGAAAGAUAUGGAAAGCUUGAAAAGAUCAAAAAAGCAGAAAAACUUAGUAUUUUUUGGCAUAAAAGAAGACGAGAAUUCGAACAUAGAAUUACUUGAAAAAGUGAAGAAUGUUAUUAAAAAAGACCUAGGCAUUGAUUUCGAUGAACGAGAGUUAAAUAAUGUCUUUAGAAUUGGAAAGAAAAACCCAAUUGAUAAACCGAGACCUACCCUAGUUUCCUUCGUAAAUGAAUGGAAAAAAGAUGUUGUUAUGAAAUUAAAGAAAAAUUUUAAAGAUGUUUACAUCACAGAAGACUAUACUAAAGAAGUUCUUGAAAAAAGGAAAAUGCUGCUGCCACAACUGAUAGAAGAGAGGAGUAAAGGAAACAUUGCAUACCUUAAAUAUGACAAAAUAAUAAUAAAAGGGAAAAGUGUUAUAAAUAGUAAUAAAAAUGAUAAUCGGCAAAAAAGAAAAACAUCAACGUCCCCUGAAACAAACCAACCAAGAAAACAACAAACCUUAAUGCCUCCGAACAACAAAAUAUUAAAUGCUUAUGAUUUAUUGAGGACGAGACGCAACUCUCUCCCAUCCAUCACCACAGAUAACAAACAAUAGCAACUAAAUGUCGGUAAACGGAAAAUACAACAUUCAUUUAAUAAAAAUAACAAUUUAAAAACAAAUCAUAACAAUCCCCCAAGCCGACCGGUCCUCGUGGGGGAAAAUGACCACGACCCUCUAAAGGUUAAAAAUAAUGCCAACAUACACAUAAACACUAACACAUGUAGUCAAGUCAAGAAAACAAAUAAUAUUUAUUUAGCAACUUUGAACUGUCGAUCUCUAAGAACACCUGAAAAACUCCAAGAAUUAGAAAUAGCAUUGGAAGAAAUAAAAUGGGAUAUAAUAGGAAUAAGCGAAAUGAGAAGGUUUGGAGAACAGAUUGAAGAUCGUGGAAAGUAUAUACUACAGUAUAAGGGAGAGACACCAGGACUGUAUGGAGUCGGAUUCAUGAUCAAAAAGAAUUUAGCAAACAACAUAAUAGAACUAAGAGGAAUAUCAGAGCGUAUCUCAAUUCUUAACAUAAAACUAAACGAUGAAAAGUGGUCCAUUAUUCAAGCAUAUUCUCCAACCGAAUCAGACAAAAAGGAAGAUUUAAUAAAAACUGAUAAAUUCUAUGAAGAACUCCAGAACACCAUCGAAACAUCACAUAAAAAUGUGUUAUUGAUGGGUGACUUUAAUGGCCAAAUCGGAACACAAAAUAGGGGCGAAGAAUAUUCCAUAGGAGACUUUGGUUUUGGCACUAGAAGCAAGAACGGUACAAGGUUGGUAAACUUUUCACUACAAAACAAAUUAAGUGUUCUAAACAGCUUUUAUAAAAAGAAAUUGACAAAGAAGUGGACAUGGAUCUCACCUAACGGCCUUCAUAAAAACGAAAUAGACUUUAUUAUGUCCAAUAAUAGAAAAGCUUUCAAAGACCUGUCGAUCAUACAAAAUUUAAAUUUUAACACCGAUCAUAGAAUGGUACGGGCUACAAUGGCAGGCACAUAUCCAAAGAAAACAAGACAAUUUCAUAAUAAAUAUGCAGUGGUUCAGUAUACUGGCGACACAGAAUUAUUGCUAAAAAAUCUUAAAACAUCAUUACAGACAAAAGAACAUUUACCUAUAGAAGAAAAAUAUAACAAGCUACUACACAAACUAAAAACUGUAACUAAGAAAACAAAUACAAACACCAAGAAAGAAAUCUCAUCUGAAAGUAAGGCACUACUACAAAAACGCAAGGAACUACUACACGAUAGAAAAACAAAAGAAAACCGGAAAAAAAUAUCUGAACUAAGUAAAUUGAUUAAUGAAAAAUUGCGCAAAGAAAGAAAGACAAAACGAACCAAUACAAUGAAGAAUUUUAUAGAAAAAACAGGAGGAAUAAAAAAGGCAAUAAAAGAACUAAAUUGCAAAAAGGAAUGGAUAACAAGUAUGAAAAAGAAAGACGGGUUUGUUGAUUUUAAUAAAGCAUUUGACACGUUAGAACACGAGUUUAUAUGGAUGGCACUAAAAACGCAGGGCGUACAACCAAAAUACUUACGAAUUCUACAAAACGUAUACACCAAGAGCACAGCGCAAGUUAAGCUUGAAACUAUUGGCCAAGAAUUUCCCAUCAGAAGAGGCGUACGCCAAGGAGACCCUAUCUCUCCUAAAUUAUUCUCAGCAGUCUUAGAAACAAUAUUUAGGAAAUUGGAUUGGAAGAAUCUAGGAUUAAAUAUUAACGGCGAAUACCUGAGCCACUUACGUUUUGCAGAUGACAUAAUUAUUUUCUCGGAAAGCCCAAAGACAUUACAAUCAAUGCUGCAACAAUUAGCUGACGAAAGUGCAAAGGCAGGCCUUACGAUGAAUUUAAUGAAAACUAAAAUUAUGUCAAAUUCUACACAAAAUGAUACCAUAACAUUAGACGGAGUGGGAAUAGAAUAUGUACAUGAGUAUGUUUACUUAGGACAACUUAUAUCUACCGAAGACUGCAUGAAAGAGGAAAUAGAAAGAAGAAUAGCUAACACCUGGAAAAGAUACUGGUCGCUAAGCGAAGUUAUGAAGAACAAAGACAUGCCAAUGAAAGAAAAAAGAAAGGUAUUUAAUAUGUGUAUUUUACCAUGUUUGCUAUACGGGUGCCAAACUUGGGCAUUGACAGAACAACUGGCUAACAAAAUAAAAGUUUGUCAAAAUGGAAUUGAGCGAAGUACAAUAGGGGUUAAGAGAAAAGAUCGAGAAAAACUAAAAGAUAUUAAAAGUAAAACUAAAUUCAAAAAUGCAUAUAUAACAUACAAACAACUAAAGUGGAAAUGGACAGGCCAUAUGAUAAGAGAGAAGAAGGAAAAAUGGACUAGACAAAUAACAGAAUGGUACCCGAUAGACUGCAAAAGGAACAGAGGAAGACAAAUUACAAGGUGGGAAGAUGGUAUUCGGAAAAUAGCAGGUCCAACGUGGACUCGAAAGGCUAGGGACAGAACAGAAUGGCGAUCUUUAGAGGAGGCCUUUGUCGGAAGACAAGUUGAGGAAUAACUACCGUUUGCCGAACUAAAAUCACUUAAAUAUAAAUAUAGUUUAUAAAGUAUAAUUAGUUAGUAAAUAUUUAGGAGUAAUUAGUUCUGAGGCAUACUUAGAAAAGUUUUGUAAUUUAAAUUAAGAUCAACAAUAAAGGCUUUUUAUUUUUAUUUUUAUUUUAUUUU